AUGGAGUACUCAAAGAAUAUGAAGAGAAUCGGAAAAGAUUGGACAGUUAUUGAGACCUGCCCAUCAUCUUCCAAAACCAACAUCUUCUCGACCGAUCCGAUAAGUACGACAUCUGAACUUAUCACACACUUCCAGAGAAUCUACCGUAAAGUUAACUUCUCUCUCCGAUUCGAAAACGUUGAUAUGGGAGAACACGGCCUUUACAAAUGGAAAUUCCUCGCACAGGCUCGAAUGAUCGCCUUGGUGGACUCAAACAUCUACCCAUUUCACAUUCAAGAGUUUCAAUCUAUGCUUCGACCACAUCAAGAGUUGUAUAUAGACAGUGGAUCGGUGGAGUUGGAAAAUGCGCCAAAAGUCAGAAAGAUCACUAUCAAGACUUCUCAGUAUUUCAUCCCCAAUAAGUUUAAAAACUAUAAAUGCGAGCAUCUAGAAGUUCUGAAAUACUCAAUGAACUACAAUGACCCUGUAGACUUCAUAAAUAAUUGGUUGGCCGGAGAACAUAAGAGUUUGAAAACAUUCACUCUUCACGAUGUUGACGAAAAAUGGGUGACCGUAUUGCUGAAACUAGAUGAAUGUGAUGAGGGACCGAAAUGUUAUAAGCGUGGCUCAAAAAUCAUCGAAUUCAACAGCAGCCGUAUUGUUUUCAGCAAUGGGAGAAUGGCGACCGUGAAUUUUACAGAUACUGGUGUCCUGAUAUUCGUUGUCUGUGAUUGA